GGGGCGCGGGCGGCGCUCGGCGCGUCCGGGAGCGGCGGAGCCGGGAUGAGGCCAUUCCAACGAGAAGAUGGCAGAGCAUAGCCACUCUCCAAAGCAGCUGGAUUUGCAAAACGGCAACUUAGAGGCCAGCUUGGUGACCAGUCCCCUGGAGAGUGAUUCCCACAACAUGAUGGAGAGCCUGAGCCCCAAGAAGUAUUCCUCCAGCCUGCGGUUUAAGGCCAACGGGGACUACUCGGGCUCCUAUUUAACCCUCUCGCAGCCCACGCCGGGGAAGCGGAGCCCUUCCCCGUUGGGGUCCAGUGUCCGGAGCAGCCCCUCCUUGGCCAAAAUCCAGGGGGGCAAGCAGUACCCCAGUGAGGGGGCCGACAAGAGUGUGGCCCUGAAAUGCCCCGCUCCCUUGCUUAGCAGCCCGCCUUCGCUCAGCGGGUACCCCCUCGGCAGAGCGGACUGGGACCCCCACGCCGGCCGGGACAGUGAGCGGUCCCUGCGGCUCUCCGAGAAGCCCCCCUACUCCAAAUACAGCCCGAGGAACAAGUCCCACGACAACGUGUACUUCCUGGGCGCGCUGGAGGGCCGCAAGGCGUCGGGCUCGCUGCUGCCCAUGUGGAACGGGAGCGCGGCGGGCGCCAGCAGGUCGGGGGCAGCCAGCAUGCCCUCCAGCCCCAAGCAGGCCAGGAAGAUGAGCCUGCAGGACCACCCGAGCCUCCAGGCCAAGCUGUCCCGGCCCAGGGAGCCCGAGAGCGCGCCUGCGAGAGCCCGCAAGUACUCCAGCAGCAGCCUGAGCCACCUGGGCGCCUGCAGCCGCUCCCUGCCCAGGCUGUACCGCGCCUCCGAGCACCAGCUCGCGCCCUUUACGCUGCCCCCCAGGAACUCGCUGGGCAACGCCAAACGCACAAAACUGGGGGAGAAGGAUCUACCUCACGGCUUCAUCGACAAUGACAAUUACCUGAAUUUUUCCUCUCUGAGCUCAGGGGCCGUCCCCUACAAGAGCUCCGUGUCCGAGGGCCACCCCUACGUCAGCUCAGCCCUGAGCGUCCCGGCCAGCCCCAGGGUGGCCCGCAAGAUGCUCCUGGCCUCCACCUCGUCCUGCGCCUCCGACGACCUGGACCGGGCUCCCUACUCUGGCCUCAGCUCGGGCCAUUCCUUUCUUCCCGGGGAGACGGACCACCGCAUGUUUCUGGCCCGGAGGAACUUCUCCUGCGGAUCGGAGUUGGAUGAUGCAGAUCUGGACAGUCUGAGACAGGCCUCGGGAACCCCGCAGCCUGCCCUGCGAGAGCGCAAAGGCAGCAUCAGCUCCGUUUCUGGGCGGGACGACCUGAUGGAGUACCACCGCAGGCAGAGGGAGGAGCGCCUCAGGGAGCAGGAGAUGCAGCGCUUGGAGAGACAGCGUCUGGAGACCAUCCUCAGUCUCUGUGCUGAAUACACAAAGCCCGAGAGCCGCGUGUCCCCCGGCACCACUGUGGCAGAUGUGCAGAAGAUCAAUAAGGAGCUGGAGAAGCUGCAGCUCUCUGACGAGGAGUCUGUGUUUGAAGACGCCCUGGUGAGCUCCGACCUCAGAUACAGGUGCCACCGGAAAGGUUCUCUGCACGACGCAGACUUGUCAGCCUUUGGGAGCCUCUGCCAGAGCAAUGCCAGCCUCCUGUCCUCCAGGAGCGUCAGGAAUGAUGAGCUGCUCAGAAGCCCCACGCCAGCCUCCUCUGCCUUUCUGAAAGCUUCCAGCGAGUCCACUUACCUGAGUAUCUUACCAAAGACCCCUGAGGAUAUAAGUGAGGAACAAAGGAUUCAGGAGUUGGCCACCAUGGAAACAACCCGGAUUGCAAUUCUGAACAACCUGGAGGAACUUAAACAAAAAAUCAAAGACAUAAAUGACCAGAUGGAUGAAUCUUCCAGAGAGUUGGACAUGGAGUGUGCUCUGUUGGAUGGAGAACAGAAAUCUGAAACAACUGAACUCAUGAAAGAGAAGGAGAUUUUAGAUCAUCUAAACAGGAAAAUAACAGAACUGGAGAAGAACAUUGUUGGUGAAAAGACCAAGGAGAAGGUAAAGCUUGAUGCUGAGAGGGAAAAACUAGAGAGGCUUCAGGAGCUUUACUCCGAGCAGAAGACCCAGCUGGACAAUUGUCCUGAGUCCAUGAGGGAACAGUUACAACAACAACUGAAGAGGGAUGCAGAUCUAUUGGAUGUGGAGAGCAAACGCUUUGAAGACCUGGAGUUCCAACAGCUGGAGCGCGAGAGCCGUCUGGAUGAGGAAAAGGAAAACCUGACCCAACAGCUCCUACGAGACGUGGCUGAGUAUCAGCGGAACAUCGUUACUAGAAAGGAAAAAAUCUCUGCUCUGAAAAAGCAAGCCAAUCACAUUGUUCAGCAGGCUCAGCGAGAGCAAGAUCAUUUUGUGAAAGAGAAGAAUAAUUUAAUAAUAAUGCUACAAAGAGAAAAGGAAAAUCUUUGUAAUUUGGAAAAGAAAUAUGCCAGCCUCUCUGGGGGGAAAGGUUUUCCUGUGAACUCCAAUACAUUAAAAGAGGGCUAUAUCAGUGUAAGUGAAAUUAAUGAGCCAUGUGGCAAUUCCACGAAUCUAUCCCCUUCCACUCAGUUCCCUGCUGAUGCUGAUGCUGUUGCCACUGGGCCUACCACAGCUGUGCUGGUGAGCCAGCCACAAAAUAAAGAGCACUUUAGAAGUCUGGAAGAAAGAAAAAAACAGCACAAAGAAGGCCUCUAUCUGAGUGACACUUUGCCUCGAAAGAAAGCGGCCCCUUCCAUAUCCCCACAUUUCAGCAGUGCUACUAUGGGGAGAAGCACCACCCCAAAGGCUCACCUGCCCCUGGGACAGAGCAACAGCUGUGGCAGUGUUCUCCCCCACUCGCUGGCAACCAUAACCAGAGACUCAGAAUCUCGGAGGAUGCUCAGAGGGUAUAAUCACCAACAGAUGAGUGAAGGACAAAGGCAGAAACCUGAAUUUUACAGCCGCACAGCAUCUGAGUCAAAUGUCUAUUUGAAUAGUUUUCACUACCCAGAUCACAGUUACAAGGACCAGGCCUUUGAUACUUUGAGCCUAGAUAGCUCUGAUAGCAUGGAGACCAGCAUCUCUGCUUGUUCACCAGACAAUAUCUCUAGUGCCAGCACUUCAAAUAUUGCCAGAAUCGAAGAAAUGGAGAGACUGUUGAAGCAGGCUCAUGCAGAGAAAACACGGCUUCUUGAAUCCAGGGAACGGGAAAUGGAAGCCAAGAAACGAGCUCUGGAAGAAGAAAAACGACGCCGAGAACUCCUGGAAAAAAGAUUGCAGGAGGAAACUAGCCAGAGGCAGAAGUUAAUUGAAAAAGAAGUGAAAAUCAGGGAGAAACAAAGGGCCCAGGCUCGUCCUUUGACACGCUAUCUGCCAGUCCGGAAGGAAGACUUUGAUUUGCGGAGCCAUGUAGAGACAGCUGGCCACAAUAUUGAUACUUGCUAUCAUGUAUCAAUCACAGAAAAGACCUGCAGAGGAUUCCUCAUCAAGAUGGGUGGAAAAAUUAAAACUUGGAAAAAACGUUGGUUUGUUUUUGAUCGGAACAAGCGGACAUUCUCUUAUUAUGCAGACAAGCAUGAAGCUAAAUUAAAAGGAGUUAUAUACUUUCAAGCCAUUGAAGAAGUAUACUAUGAUCACCUCAAGAAUGCUAAUAAGAGUCCUAAUCCAUUGCUGACCUUUAGCGUCAAGACACAUGACAGAAUCUACUAUAUGGUGGCACCAUCACCAGAAGCCAUGCGAAUUUGGAUGGAUGUCAUAGUUACGGGGGCCGAAGGAUACACUCACUUCCUGUUGUAAUGAACUGGUGCAACAGUCCACCUGAGGGCAGAUUGCAAUAAUUU